AGCCUCGCCUCGCCCAGCGCGCCAUCCCCGGCCCGCCUGCUCGCGUGCCCGGCGUCGGGCUACCGCAGUGGGCAGGGACGGGGCGGAGACCUCUCGCUCGCUGGCUCGCUCGCCCGAGCACGUCCCGCUCAGGCGCCUCCGUCCCCGCCUCCUCCUCGGGCUCCGCCCCAGCUCCGCGCUCGGCUCGCAGCGCGAGAGGCGCUGCAGGCGGCCCGGCAGGUCGGGGCUGCUGCGUCGGCGGCGGCGAUGUCGGCGCUGGAGUGGUUCGCGCACAAGUCCCUGGGCGGAGGCAUCUACUGGAUCCAGGAGCGCUUCUACGAGUCGGGCAACCGGGCCAACAUCUGGCUGGUGCGCGGCUCGCAGCGGGACGUGGUGAUCGACACCGGCCUGGGGCUGCGCAGCCUCCCCGACUACCUGCGCUUGGCCGGGCUGCUGGGCGCCGAGGGCGACGAGAAGGCGCUUCUCCCUCCCGAGGGCGCCGCCGGGCGCCCCAGGCCGCUGCUAGCCGUGGCCACCCAUGUGCACUUCGACCACGCCGGCGGGCUGCACCAGUUCGACGAGGUGGCCGUGCACAGCGCCGAGGCCCGAGCGCUGCGCCGCGGCGACAACUACGAGACCGUCACUUGGCUCUCGGACAGCGAGGUCGUGCGCCAGCCCAGCCCGGGCUGGAGCGCCCGCCAGUUCCGCGUGCGGCCCGUGCAGCCCACGCUCGUCCUGCAGGAGGGUGAGUAAAGGAGCACGGCGGGCGGCGAUCGGCUGCCCAACGCCCGUCCGGGGCAACGCCAGGCUCCGGGGCCUCUUUGGAAGGACGGAGCGCGGCUCUGCGACGUCGGGGUGGAGAAAAAAAGGAAAAGAAAGAAAGAAAAAGCACCUCUGGCCAUGCACAGAGGGACUUUCUCACACACCUCCAGGGAACCGUCUGGGACUUGCGGGACUGCAGGCGGGCCGGGCGGGCAGGUUUGAAUUGCAGCAGCUUGACUCGGGCCUCGCCUCGGGUGUGCCUGCAGAAUGGCACCGAUUCCCCUCAACUUAGUUAGAAAGUUUCCCAUUAUUUGCAACGAAGGCAGUUGGAGUGGCAAAUGUCUAUGUGGUAUGAAUUGCCCCAAGUGUCUCCACCUCUCGUGUAUAGUUAGCAAAUGUGCUUGUGUAUGUCACGAAUAUUAACAUUGUCCGUUGCAUUCUAUAUGUAAUUAUAUUGCUCAUGUUGCUAUAGGUGCUUCAUAAAUACUCAGGGCUGGCGGUGGAUGUGUGUUUGGGGUCUGUUGCGGAGAAUGACAGGCGGGGGCGUCGGCUCCAGUAUACAAGAGAAUGUGUAAAGGGAGGGGUUUUUUUGAAUGCCCUGGACCUAUGUAUACAGAGAGAGCAGAAUCAGGGCUGUUCCUUCUUUGGCUUCACCUCUCCGGAUGUGUAAAAGGGCAGUUCUGAGCUUCGAGAACGGAGAUUUCUGGGAUAAACUAAAGGCAUAGCUUCUCUUGAUGGGCUUUGAGAUGCCUUAGGAAAGAAAACGUGUAGCAGGGGUAUGGAACUGCUGGUAGGGUGGAGAAAGGAGUUGGAAAGGGAGUGUUUUUUGUUUUACAUGGAUUUUGUAAUGGGUAGACACUUUUUUCAAAUGCUUGAUAAAACAGAAGCAAAAGCCUGUAGCCCACCCUUUCCCUUUUUAUAGGGAAGGAAAGAGAGAGAGAGAACCAAGGAUCUUAUAACCCUGCUCUUCAUUUUGUGGCCCCCCUCGCUCUGUGUGUGAAAUGUGGGGUGUGGUAUCUUCUCCUUUAAGGUUGAGCAUCCAUUUAUGCAGGAGUUGUGGGCAUCUGGUAAUAUCCACGCAUGUGGAUAUAUUUUAAAGGGCAAACCAGCAUGAAUAUGCACUGUGUCUGUGAAUGAGAGAGUAUGGGUGGAGACAUUUCUAGUAGCUCCUGAAAAAUACGUAGGAGGUGGUCUUAGGCAUUUGUAGAUGUUUUUGCUAUCCAUAAUGAGUUUUGAAAAAACAAAUCCCCAGUAGCAGAUGCAAGCUUAGCCAGCAGAUAUAUGUAGGAAUAAGAAUCUACACUGGAGGUUAUCACUUGGGGGGUGGGGUUGGAACUAAGCCACAGCCUUAGUUUAUGGCAUGCUUUCUCUCAGCUGGUAUACAUCAGUCCAUGUACAAUUCUAUUUUUAUAUAAAAUAUUACUUUAUAUAUACAUAUUGAUCUAAAUUAAUUAGUAAAGAGAACAGAUAAACAGAACUCUACAAUUCUACAAUUCCUUUUAAGCACUACCCCAAAGUAACACUCUCUGAUAAUAAUCUAACAGUCCUGUGCAUCUUUACUCAGAAGUAAGUCCUACAGUACUUAGUAGGGCUUGUUUACUAAUAAGCAUGCUGAGGAUUGCAGCCCAAGUCAUUGUGAUAUACAAUUUCAUAUCUUAACUACAGUUCAAUUAUGUUCUUGUCUCUAGCUGUCCUAUUAAUUAGCUUGGUUUCCCCUCUCAAAUGUACAUGUUAUAUAGCAGGGAUGGGGAAGCCUUGUGACACAAGGCAAAUCAGAUCUCCUUUCCAUCUGUCUUUUCAAACCCCACCCCUAUCACAUCUAUUAUUUUAGACUGGCUUGGGGUAGGAAAAUCUCAGGCCCAGCAGCUGAAUGUAGCUCUUCAGGACAUAUCAAGUCCUUUGACCUGGCUGGACCACAUCCCUGAAGUGUCAUAAUGCUGUUUGCUUGGAGGGAUGGAGGAUGCAGAGAUGUUUGAGGGGGCUGUAGAAAACUCUGUUUUUUGAACAGCUGUGCAAAGCAGUCUGCGGUUGUAAUACUUGUUUUUCUCAAAAUUUAUCUUCUGUACCAUGAAAAUAAAUAAAAACAGAAAAAAAUGUCCCCUCUGUUGCUCUGCCUGCUUUUACCUCCAGCCCCAACUACCAAUGUUACCCAUGGAGGAGUGUGGCGAUUGGCUUGAAAAAACGGUUUCCCGUCCAGACUCUUUGCUUGUUUUUAAAGCCAAAUCUGAAGCAAAAGGACAGAGCUUUGGCUUGAAUGCAGACACCAAAACUAAGAGUUGAGGGCCCCUCUGCUCCUCCCCUCCUGUUAAACAAGUAUUGGGUGAAGACGGCAUAAGAACAAAGAGUGUUACUUGGCUUCCAGUCUCCUCACAAAUUUUAUAUAGAAAUUUAUGAAGCUGCCUUGCUGUAGUUUGGGCUGUUGGGCCACCAAGCUCAGUAUUGCUGUGUUUUGCACAUAAUACUAAGCCAUGGUUUGUUCAGCAAACCACAAGUUGUCUAACAGAUAAGCAAAAAAACCCACAGUCCCCCCCCAAAAAAAUAUGGUUGGUUUGUUGCCAGAAAACAAUGGUUCGUCUGCUAAAUAAACCAUAGUAAGGGCAGGGAACUAAUGGUCCACAGGCCAAAUUUGGCCCACCUUGCCUCCCUAUAUGGCCAGUGAGGCUGUGAUUGCGAUACCACACCCAACUGCCCCACACCUGACAUCAUAUGUGACAUCAGGUUUGGGGAAUGUAAAGACAUGGCCUGUCUUCCCCAUAACUAUCAUGGUGACUUCCCACCCCACCCUCGUAGGCCAAGUUUGACAACUAGGCAGGGUGACCCACCUAUCGAUCAGCUGAUAUUAUGACACCUGAUGAUUGAUAGGUGGGUGGUACUGACCACCUAUCAGAAUUGGCCCACGGGCUGGAUAGAAGAUAAAGAUCUGACCCACUGAGCUUAAAAAGGGCUCUCAUCCCUGGCUUGGUGCUAUGUAUGAACCAGGCUACUUACUGACUAGAAGCAAAUCACUGGUUUUAGAUGGGUCUUUCCCAGCCCUUCCUGGAGAUGCCAGCAAUUGAACGUGAGGUCUUUUGCAUGCAAAGGAUGUGCUGCACUAUUGCCCUACAGCCAUUUUCCCCAAAGGGGAGGCGGGGAUGCCAGGAAUAAAUAAGGUAUCUGUGUGUGCCUUAAGUUAUAUUUAAUAAUGUAUUUGCAGUGUUCAAAUGUACGUAUUACCGUGUCCAUGCUUAGUAAGUUCUCAGUCACAGUAUAUCUACAUGUGGGCAUCUAGGUGUAUAUAGUGUCACAUUAACGGUUCUGCUAACCAUUCUUGCCAAUUAAAUAUAAAAUGCAAAGUGUUUGGGAGAACAUUAAAGUAAGCUAUUGGUUAUCGGUUGUAACAUUUCAUUAUUGAAUCCUGAUUUGUCUUCAGGGUCCUUAAGAAGGGGUGACUAAAAGAAACAAAUAUAUUUUUUUCUGAUCUAGCUAGAUGAAAUUGGAUUCUGAGUAUACUGUUCUCUCAUGGGGAGGUGACGUUUCGGAGGUGAUAAGCCUGCCAGUUUGCCUCUUUGCUUACAGGAAAAACACAGCUAAGGUCCAAGAAGACCAUUUGAUUAAGAUGUCAGAGUGAGAUAUGAGAUCAUAAUCCCAUGCACUCACAUUUCCAGAUGGAGCACACAGUUUCUGUUAGUGUCAGAUCCCGGAAAACUUCUCUGAAAUAUAUUUCCUGGGAUCACAAGUUCAGUAUGCAAUCAUAAGAUCACAUUAUUUGAAGUAAACAUUCCUGAAAUAGUGAAUUAUGUUAUUGUUGCUAGCUCUCACACAGAAAGCCUUACUAUGGUGAAAACUCAGUGGCCUGUUUUACACAUACGAACCCAGAUUUAUAAACCCAUGUAUUAUAAAGUUAGAAACAGGCAUGUUCUUUCCUUGCUGUUCCUAUCAUCAGCCCAGGCACCAGCCCAGAUAUCCAGGAUAGUUUUAGAACAGAGUUCCCUGAUGUAUUUGAAACAGGAAACUUUGGCUUAAUGUUGGCUGACUAACCAGGAUGUUAAACCAGAACCAGGUCAGGUCCCAGCUUAAUAUCCCUGUUAACUGAUAUUAUCCCUAACUCCCCCAUUUUGGACACAGUGGGGAAAUCUGGAAUACAACAAAGAUCUCUGGACUAAAUAAAUCUGGUAUGUAAGGAAGGGAAGAGCAAGGAAAAAGUUCUUCCCAGCACCAGAUUACAGUGCCGGUAGGUUUGCAGCCUUUGCUUAGACAAAAAGAUGUCUUCUUCUGAGAUGACUUGAGAACAAAUAGCUACUGGAAAUAUUCUGAAAUUAAUAUCAAGCAACUAAAAGUAUUACUGCAUCAGAAGUUAAAGUGUUUGUUUAUAUAUUUAAAAAGUACAUGGUUACUAUGAGAUUUCCUGUCAGCAGUUUUGAUUGCCUAGAUUUGCAAAAUUGAACAGAUUUGAAAUCUAAUGGGAUUUAUGAAAUGUAGCAACCCAGCUUUAUGCACUUUAUCCCUUAACUCCUUAUCCUCUGGUUCAUCCCAUAUCAAUUAUCAUUGAUACUGUGAAAAAAGAAGAAUAUGAUUCUAAUGUAUUAAUUGCCGAGAAAAUCCAGCCAGUGAUACCAGCCAGUAAAAAUUCACUAUAGUGAUAGACAUUUCAGAAUAAUCUAAUUUUUUAAAAAUUUAAUUACUGGCAAAAACAAGUGUUGCCAUAUAGCUUGGUUAUUUGGGAUUUGCCUAGAUUCUGGGCCUGCCAUCCAGUGUUUGGGGCCAUUAAGUUGGUGCAGCAGAUUCCCAGCAUUUCCCCUGAUCUGUAGAUAAGACAAAAGUUCAGGCACUAUUCUGCUGAAUUGCUUGAUGAGAACUCACUUGAACCUUCUGUUGCUCUAGCCAGAGGCAAGUUUCAGCUUUGAUAGUGUUCCACUUUGUUUCCCUUCCUUGUAUGACCAAGAAGAAGAAAAAACAUACGUAUACACGUCCACCCACCCCAUUGGAAUAAUGACAGCUGGGAAUGGAAGCCUCUCCCAGUGUCAGUAUUCUGAUAUUUGUGUGUUGGUUGUAUUGGAGAUAUUAUUUUUUAAACAGUAUUUUUUAAAUCCAAGAGUUCCUGAAGAUGCUUUUAAGAAAAUGAAACAUCUGGAAAUGUGAGUUUGGCCCUUUGCUGUUAUGACUAAAGGCCACUGGCAGAUCUGCCUUAAACCCACCUAAGCUUGUGGCCAUUGCAGCAUCAUGUGAAUUCUUUUAAGAGGUGAUUGCAUACUGUCUCCCAGUAAACAUAGUUAAAUAAUAACAACUUCUAUUAUUUUGACAAAAUUAGCAGCUGUGUUUGCUCUUUUCACACUUUUAUAAAGCUCUGCUAUCAUCUCCCCCCUUUCUGUGACAAAAAUGUCAUUCACCACCCCACCCUGCGAUUAUUUCAAAUGCCCCUUUUGUACCUCCAGCUCAGCAGGGUCCUUUCUGGGAUGCAACAUUUUUUAUAUGGGCAAUCCUGUUAUGAGAUGAUACUGCUAGUUGUUUCAUUUUCCAGUCUCAUUCCUAAAGCUGAAUUUGACUUUUUUACUGCUGCAAUACACUGAGCUGACAUUUCAGUGACAUUUCUUUCAUGAACACAAGACCACUUUGUGGGUGUUUGCAGCCAAUUCAGGUUCUAUCUGCAUAAAUAUGAAGGUUAGAUUUUAAAAAACACCCCCAAAAUGUAUCACUUUGAACUUACUUGCACUGAAUUUUACCAAUUAAUUAGCAUACAUAAUGCACAUUAGUGCAUUCAGAUGAGAAACUCAGAUGAUACGGUAAAAUAAUUUCAUGCCAAAAAAUCAUUUGAGAACCCAAUCUGAACCCAUAAUUAAAAUACCAUUGAAAAUAUUUUACAGCGGGCAAUCGACAUAACCGCUAAGCUUAAUGGGUCAGUUUCUUCCACAGGCCUGGGGGAAGAGGUACAGUUUUAACUGGCACUAGAAAGUUAGGUAACAUCAGUCCCAACCCAGUCUUUGAGGGGAGGGGAUUCCAUAGAGGGAGCACCACCACAGAGAAGGCACUGUCUUGCGUCAUCAUUCCAGGGGCCUUACUUAGCGGUGGGACAUCCAGCAGCGCCUUCCCUGCAGCUCUUAGUAUAUGGGCAGACUAGCAUAGGGUGUAAUGCUUGGCUGAUACAGGGAGUGGUGCUGGACCAAUAGGCAAGGUGUUCAUGCAUGCAUUGUUUGACUUCCUGUUAACACUUCUAACGCUGAGGUUUGUCAGAGAGCUCAACCUUUGUAAUGGAAGUAAAUUUGGUGUUAUGUUUCUUGUGACCAUGCUUCAAAGUUCGAUUCCUGCCCCCCACAUUAUUUUGUUCUUUGUUUGUAGGGGAUGUGAUCCACCUUGGUGAUAGACAGCUCACUGUCAUGCAUAUGCCUGGCCAUUCAAGAGGAAGCAUUUGCUUACAUGACAGAGAACGGAAGAUAUUGUUCAGUGGGGAUGUGGUAUAUGACGGAUCAAUGAUUGACUGGCUUCCCUACAGCAGGAUAAAUGACUAUGUUACAUCCUGCCAGCGACUGAUAGACUUAGUGAAUAGAGGUCUUGUAGAGAAAGUCCUUCCGGGGCAUUUUAACACAUUUGGAGCUGAACAGCUCUAUCGUUUGGCUUCCAACUACAUUUCUAAUGCUGGUGUGUGCCACAAAGUUUCUACAUGCGCAGUCAGAUCGAUUGCAAGCCUAGCACUCCGGGCCACAAAUUCCAGAACAACUUCAUAGUGUAACUUGUUUAAUAAUAAUAUUAUUAUUGUAAAACCCGAUGGCAUAUGUAAGUUUAUUUAAAGGAAAAGCUGGCUGAUAAGCCAUAAAGAUUCUUAUUUUUAUCUACUUAAUUUCUACUUUAAAAAAAUCCCAGUAUAAACUAGUAGCUGUGCCAAAGCUACUAAUUUUCCUUCUAUUUUUUCAAGGCAGGUUUGCACAUACGUUGAGUACUGUUUGACAGAUGUUCUAAAUUUGUUGUUUUGUAUUUUGAAACAUAUAUAUGCUAAAUGAAAAGUUUUGCACCCGUGUCAGACUUUAUUGAUGACAUCUUGAGUUAGGGAUAUGUGUUGAAAGUAGAUUUUAAAUGGUUGAAAAUUAUUAUAAGCUGUAGUGGGGGUAGGGUGGUCAUAACAUUCCACUGUCUCAUUACAUGCACUAAGAUAAAAGUACCAAUAACUUCAUUUUUAUUGUAUGGGGUAAAUUUAACCUGAAGUUAUUACCAAAUGUUAAUAUAAAGCACUGCACCCUAAGUUGUUACUCUUCUUGAAUUAAGUGUGUUGCAUUUGACUAUUGUUUCUAAAAUGAAAUGUAAGUGAAUAUUUCAAGUGUAUUGCUUGCUCUUUAAAUGUGACUAAUGGUGUAUGUAUGAGUACGUAACUGUUAAAAGAUUCCGUCGGAUAAUUUUAAAUAUAAUGCACACACCCGUGAUCAUCUUUGGUUUCUUCUGUAUAGCAGCUGUAGAAACACUUGUGUGUUGCAAAUUGUUUUGUGGAUUGUAGAGAAUAAAUUGGGUCUCAGGAGAGAGUAAAUUGAAUUUUUGGGGGAGAUAGCUGCCAAAAAGCUACAGCUCUAGAGUCAUAUGUGGUUCUUUUCACAUUACAGGUGUAGUUAGGACUUCAAGUAGUAGCUUUGCAACCUACAAAUGUCAUUCUUCUUUUGUUUCUUUUUCCAUUUUCCGUAAUGUUUACUUUCAAGCAAAAAUUCCUUGUCUGUUGUUUGUACUUUUCCAGUAUAAAAAUCCUGUGCAGCCCUCUGGGGUGUUACCAAUUUAUUGUGCAAAGACAGGUUUUUAUCUUGUAACUAUGACACUGAAAUGAAAUCGAUAGGAAGGAUAUUAGCAGUGCCCCUUGUCUUGUGAGAACAGUGAACAGCUUCGGGUUGUGGCUGUCACACAAAAUUAAUUUUUUAUCCUUUUGCGACUUUAUUGCGUCAUAUUUCCCAUACAUCAAAGAGUACUGCACAUACAGAGCUUGACCCCAGUGUAAUCAGCACUUUAGCCCUCAAGGGUGGAUAGGUGGAUGUAGUUAAUUCUUUAAAUGUUAACAGUGCCUAUUUCCUGUUGUAGACUAAAGCACAACAGUAAACAGGAAGAUCAGACUUGCUGGUGAAUGACCGCUUAGAAAUGAGGUUAGCAAUUUCUUUUAACCCUUAUCUUGUUGGAAGCUUUCACCAAAUGAAUGGAGAAAUAUAUAAUGUUUCAGACUGCUUCACUUUGGCUAUUGGCUUUGGAAAUACCGUUUAUUAACAGCCAAAGCCACUAAUUUGAUACCUUUUAAUGCUUGGGAGAAAAGACACCCAUGAGCUUGCAACUUUACAAGAUAUUAAUCUAAAAAUUAGCAAAUACAAAACUCAUCAGGUUGAAGACUAGUGCAGAUAUAAUGGAGAGGCCCUCUUGACUGGUGAAGCGAUUAGGAAUGGGUUGCCGGAUCAUUCACUCCUACUUGCAGUGGUGCCAACUCCAGUUCCCACAAAACUUUUGCUGUGGGUGCCUGGCCACCACCCACUGCCAGUCGCCACCUUACCUUUGGUGCUCCAGUGCUGCGGGGUUGUGACAUCAUGUCACACCUUGACAUCACAGUGUUGUGGUGUGCGUGCUGGGCAUCCACAGUCUGGGGCCCAACUGGGGCCUACCCAUUUCCUUCUCAAGUGAAUUCCCUCCUGUUUUAACUGCUGCUAAGCAUUGUGUCAGCAGCAAUAUUUAAGCACAGCUAAGGCUAACCUGGUUCCUACUUCAAUUUGCAGCCAACUUGAGACUGGUACCUUGUUCAUUUUGUAGAAAUGUGCACCUUUUGGAAUAAACUGCUACAAAAUCAUUCUGUUCUACUGGAAUACUGCUGAAGUGCUAGUGAUUUUGAGGCAUUAAUGGUGAUGUUUUUCCCAGAGUUAAAGCAAACUGCCUAAAGCCUCUAUUCCUUCUUUCCUACCCACCUUCUCAGUGUCUUGAAAGUUCUUUUCCAAACGCCUUACUGUGAGUGACACAUACUAGACAGCUCACUGUGGGAAGAAUUUAGCUAAGGAAUACUGUGAUUGCCAAAGGUUAGACUACUCUUAAGAACUGAUCUGAGUUUCUGCUCUUGGAACAGUUCUGUUGGUACAUUUUUGUUCUAUAAGAUGGGACAUUUCUGUCCUAUUUCAAUGCUCACAAAGCCAGAUUAUCUUCUGAAGUCUGAAGUAGUUCUCGGGAAAUGUAGUCAAAUAGGAAUCAGGCUGUGAAACUCUCCCCAAGCAUGUGUUUACUCAAAAGCAAGUUCCACUCAGUUCAUUGAGUCUUUAUUCUUCAUAAGCCUGAGUCAGAGCUUUAACUUAGAACAGGGGUGGCUAACCUGUGGCCCUCCAUAUAUUGCUGAACUACAACUUCCAUCAUCCCUAAUUAUUGGCCAAGCUGAAUGAGGCUGCUGGGAGCUGGAGUUUAACGUCAUCUGGGGGACCACAGGCUAGUCUUCGCUGACUUAGAAGUAAGUCGCACUUGGCUUUGGUUAGUAAAGUACAACCUUAGAGUGAAAAUAUAUAAUCUUAUCUUUUGUCUUAAUUAUUUUUAUAUUCUAAAACCUUGUGUAUUUCUGAAUGAAUUUAUUGAAAGACCUUUAUCAUUAAUUAUUGUAAUGCCUUUAAAAACAACAAAAUAUAUGUGUUCACUUUAAAUAUUACAGAGUAUGAUACAUUUACUAUUGCUUUAUUUGUAAACAUUCUCUUGACAUCCCCUCUGGAUUCAGUAUUUACAAAGGCUUAAAAUGCAAUUCUGUUCAACAAUGUUAUUGGAGUUAAGGCAAUGAUAUGUUGUUGAUUCAACUGUUUUUACCUAAGCAAGUCAUGGAUUGUGCUGUAAAAUGCAAUUUAAAAGCAUUUUAAAAAGUUGUAAUGCAUUGUUCUGUCUACUGAUGAAACUUUACUAAUGUGCCACUGUUUUCAAGGGGAAAUUGUAUAUUAUUUUAUCAUAGGUAUUGAUAAUAAAAGAAUUAUGACAC